AUGUCUUCUGCAGAGUCUCUAGCAUGCAAGAAGCUCCUUAUUUUUGGAGCGACGGGCUUGAUUGGGAGCCGCAUUACACGAGAAAUCGUCCGGAAUAAGUCCAAGUUCGACCGAGUUGCUAUCUUCACUUCACCAGCGACUGUGGAGACAAAGGCCAAUGUGAUUGAAGGCCUGAAGGAAGAAGGCGUCGAUGUUAUAGUAGGAGACGUCACCAGUGCGACUGAUGUGGUUCAAGCCUAUCAAGGUAUUGACACAGUUGUCUCGUGUGUUGGCAGAAAUGCAAUCGAACGUCAGAUUGAGCUUAUUCGCCUUGCGAAUGAAAGCCCAACUGUUCACAGAUUCUUCCCAUCAGAAUAUGGUACCGAUAUUGAGUAUGGGCCAGCAUCCGCCAACGAGAAGCCUCACCAGAAAAAGCUGAAAGUACGAGCUGCAAUCCGCUCCUGUGACCAUUUGGAUCAUACUUUCGUAGUUACUGGUCCCUACGCCGAUGGCGAUCCAGGACUGUAUUUCAGCGCGAAUUCAAUCGCUAAGCCAUCGGGAAGUUUCGAUGCAAAGAACAAAGAAGCGGUUUUACUGGGAGACGGAAACCUGAAGAUCAGCUUCACAACGAUGCACGAUGUUGGCAAGCUGGUUGUUCUUGCAGCUCUUCAUCCCGGGGCCAGCCGGAACAAGGCUUUGCGAGUCAACUCUUUUACAGCCACCGAUUCGGAAAUCCUCCGUGAAUUUGAAAAGCAAACUGGUGGAGAACCGUGGAAAGUAUCCUACACUAGUGUCGACACUUUGAAACAACUUGAGCAAGAGGGAUGGGAAACUGGAAAACCCUUUGCUACUGUGCUGACACUGAGAAGAAUUUGGGCGGAAGGGGGCACGUUAUACGAUAAACGGGACAAUUACCUCAUCGAAGCAGAAAAUGUCAUGGACACUCUGGCUGAUGCUGUUGCGGAAGCUAUCAAGGUUCAGACGGGUUGA